CCACGACACGCAGCAGCUGUAGAUGAGAGCUGCAGGCAAUAAGCUCCUCCUUCUCAUCUAAACUUGUUCUUCUUGCCAGGCAGUGUCUGUCCUUUGCUCUGUAAUUGGGCCGCCACUAUGGGCAUCCUAGAUCUCAAUCCCGACGACUACAUCAUCAAACCGCCGACAUUCAAACCAGCCGCCCCUGCCAAGGAAGUCAAGGCCAGCAAGCCAAUUCAAGCCCGUAUCAACCCAAAUGCAGGUGGCUAUGACUCAAGCUACUCGGCCUCAUUUCUACUGCGAAACUUCCUGCCCGACUUUGAUCUCAAGACAGCCGACCUUGACUUUUUCGCAGAUCUGCUGGAGCCAGACCUUGAUGCGCCCGCUCGCGAUCUGAGCACACGGCCGUCGUUGCACUGGCCAGGCGUGGCAGCUGUCAGAGAUCGAGAGGAGCGAGAGCGCAAUGCUGCUAAGCGCGAGCGAAGACACAGCCGGCAAUCUUCGGAUGCGCUCUACUCACCUGCCGUUCCAUCACCAGGCCAUGUAGAUGCGCAAAGAGGGCAUGUACAAGCGCACAGUGCAGAGAUCUAUCCUGCCGAACCUAUACAAGCUGAUUUUGAUGUCCGCUAUCAAGAACAGCGACCACAACCACCACGAUUCCAGCAACAUAGCGGUGACCAGCCUGGCUACAGUGGCUAUCGUCCAGAUGUCGAGCAUGACAGAGGCUAUGCAAAUGGUACGAAACGCAAGUACGAUGGAGACAUGGACCUAGAGACUCUCAGACGGCGACGUGCAGAUAUUGUCGCGCGCUGUCGCCAGGAAGAUGACAUUCUCCUGCGAGACCCACACAAUGAGGAGGCACUAGCACGCCGCGCUCAUUUCCUUGAGCAGCUGCGCGUAGAGGAUGAAAUGGCUUCCACUCGAGCAAGACGGCCAGCACCUGUCAUUCCUCCUCCCAAUCCUGCUCUGCAUUCGGAUCCUCGGUCACGACCACCGCCUGCCCAUCGACCACCUCCACCUCAUGCAUAUCCUGGACACUCACAAUUGCCUGUUGCUCCACCAGCUCAUUUCGCAAAUGCUUCUGCAGGAUUUGCGCGCCCACCCAGCACAAACUCCCGAGCUCCUGCUCAUGCUGUCCAACCAUUGUCCUUCGACCCACGAGAUCCUCGUGCUCGCAAUUUGUCGGAUGGUCAUGAGCGAUCUCCUAGCACUACGCGACCUGUCAACGCUGCGUCUCUCCUCGGCGAGUCCUCCAAUGGUGUCCCACGCAAGCAGCAAUUUCGGAAAGUUCGCUUCUUCUUUUACCGUUCAACUCCGGCCGAAGCGGACAAGAUUAAACGCGAGGGAGCCUGUAUUGUGGAACAUUCCGAGGCGCAGGGUAUUCUGGCAGAAGCCUUUCAAGGGGGCAAAGUCUUCUUGGUCUUGCGAGGGCCUGAGCCGGGUCAGUUGCUAGGAUAUGCUCAAAUGGAAGGAAAUCUUUGGCAGGGCCUCAAGCCGAGUUGGAUGACAGAAGCACAAGAGAAGCAAGGUGCCAGCUUCUUCCCCAUCAACUAUCAACGGCCCAAUUUGUUCUGGAGUGAAGAUGCAAGGUUGAUGAUGCAGAGCGUCGUGCAAGACGGCCCGGAUACUCACGGUGUGGACGAGAUGUCAUUUGAAGAGGGCAGCCGCUGUCUCAACCUUGUCAAAGCUGCUCGGCCGGGCUCCAACAAUAUUGCUCGUGGAGAAGCCUCUGAAAAGGGUGAAGCUUCGGCCACCAUCCCGCUGCCAGCGCAGACUGCAGUGUCAGAUGAUUCUCAACUCAUGGAGGUCGUGCCCCUGGAGUCUAUCCAAGUUGCUGCGACAAAUGUGGGUGCUCCCGACCCCACAUCUACUCCAGAGGUUCCGGAACCAGCAGUGGAAGUCAUCAGUAGUAACUAAUUGCUUGCCAUCCGGCCUUGCCAGUCUUAACGAGAUGUAGCUGACCUGCAAUCCCGUUAACAAAAGUCUGCAAAUCUCUGCAAGUAGACUUAAUGCCUCACCAACAAGUCUCAGUGAUUUUCGUUCUCUUUCCACUUUUGGAAUUGUGACUUUAUUUUCCGAUGUU